UUGUUGGUACCUGCACCUCAGAGCCUCUUGAAAGAACAUGGCUGGCCUUCCAGACAGCACUCUGAGGAUUGUUCUGGUGGGGAAAACUGGAAGUGGGAAAUGUGCAACAGCAAACACCAUCUUUGGGGGAAAAGUAUUUGAAUCUAAAAUUAUUUCUUCUUCCGUUACCAAGAACUGUCAGAAAUCAGAGCAACAAUGGAAGGGGAGGAAUCUUCUUGUUGUGGACACCCGGGGGCUCUUUGAUAACGAGGAAAAACUGCAGACCACCUGUGAGGAAAUCAGCAGGUGUGUCCUCUUCUCCUGCCCUGGGCCCCAUGCCAUUAACCUGGUACUACAGCUGGGCCGCUACGUGGAUGAGGAGCAGGAAACAGUUGCAUUGAUCAAGGCUAUCUUUGGGGUGGCGGCCAUGAAGCACAUGAUCAUGUUGUUCACUCGCAAAGAUGAUUUGGAUGGUCAGACACUGAGUGACUUUUUAGACGAAUCAGAUGUGAACCUAUAAAACAUCAUCAAGGAGUGUGGGUCCCGGUGCUGUGCCUUCAAUAAUAAGCAAAGUGCAGAUGAAGCUGAGAAGGAAGCUCAAAUAGAGGAGCUGGUGGAGAUGAUAGAGAAAAUGGAGCAGGAGAAUGGAGUUUACUUUUCCGAUGACAUAUACAAGGACACAGAUGAAAAGCUAAAACGCCAGGCAGAAGUCUUGAAGAAAAUCUAUGCUGAGCAAUUGGAGAUGGAAAUUAAACUAACAGAAGAGCAAUGUGAUCAGGGAAAAAUAUCACAGUAAGAAAAA